UGUCAAUCAAGAAUUAGCUUGUUCGAGUCAUUCUGAUUAUAGGUGGAUGUUUAUAGCAAGGCAUCGAUACCUAGUCAUUCAGAAAGUCAGAAACCUUUCUUUUCGUUCAAUACACCGAUCACAUUCUAUUCGACCUUUAGCAAUGGCAACAACUCCGAACGAUCCUGGCUUGGUCACCCCCGAGUCUGAUGGUCCUUCGAAAAGUGCAGCGAAAAAGGAGGCCAAGAGGCUAGAGAAAGAGGCGAAGCUUGCUGCUAAACAUCUCAAGCAAGCCACUAACACUCCCGCUGGGGAAAAGAAGGCAAAGGCGGACAGAGAGAAGAAGGAGCAGGAGCCUGCAUUUGUAAACACCACUCCCAAGGGCGAGAAAAAAGAUAUGUCUCAACCGAUGGCAAGUGGGUAUAAUCCUAUCGCAGUCGAAUCUGCUUGGUACGAUUGGUGGGAGGCCCAAGGCUUCUUCAAGCCUCAGACCACGGAAAAUGGGGAUACUAAACCAGAGGGUGUCUUUGUGGUUCCGAUGCCUCCCCCAAAUGUCACCGGAAGCCUGCAUAUCGGUCACGCACUGACUAUCGCCAUUCAGGAUUGCUUGAUACGCUGGAAUCGGAUGCUUGGAAAGACUACCCUCUUUGUCCCAGGUUUUGAUCAUGCUGGAAUCUCAACACAAUCCGUUGUUGAAAAACGGCUAUACAAAGCGGAAGGCAAGACCCGACACGAUCUCGGUCGAGAGGUGUUUUUGGGCAAGGUGAUGGAGUGGAAAAAUGACUACCAAGCACGCAUCACCGAUCAAUUAAGGAGACUUGGAGGAAGUUGUGACUGGGACCGUGUUGCCUUCACCAUGAGUCCUUCGUUAUCAAAAGCUGUUACUGAGACGUUUUGUCGGCUCCACGAGGAUGGCAUCAUCUACCGCGCCAAUCGACUUGUUAAUUGGUGCGUUCAGUUGAAUACUACUCUCUCGAACCUUGAGGUGGACCAAAAACAACUCCUUGGCCGUACCUUACUUAACGUCCCAGGCUACGACCCGAAGGAAAAAUUCGAAUUUGGUGUCAUUACCUCGUUUGCAUAUCAUAUCGAAGGAUCAGAUGAGCGGAUUAUCGUCGCUACGACCCGCCCGGAAACAAUGCUUGGUGAUACAGCUAUUGCAGUACAUCAAGACGAUGAUCGAUACAAGCACCUUCAUGGCAAGUUCGCCAUUCAUCCCUUCUUGAACAGGCGUCUUCCCAUUAUCUUUGAUGAACAUGUAGACAAAGAGUUUGGAACUGGUGCAGUGAAGAUUACGCCGGCUCAUGAUCCGAAUGAUUAUGAGGUUGGUGUCCGCCAUGGACUUGAUUUUAUCAAUAUUUUGAAUGAUGAUGGAACGUUCAAUGACAAUGCUGGAGAGCAAUUCAAGGGGAUGAAACGCUUCCACGCUCGGCGUGAGGUCAUAAAGAAGCUCACAGAAUUGGGCCUGUUUGUCGAGACUAAGGACAAUUCCAUGCAGAUCCCUAUUUGCAGUAAAUCAGGCGACAUCAUUGAGCCUGUCUUGAAGCCUCAGUGGUGGGUGAAUUGCCAACCUCUUGCUGCAGAAGCAAUCAAGCGUACGAGGGCAGGCGAACUUUCGAUUGGUCCCAAGCAGAGUGAAGCAGACUGGUAUCGCUGGCUUGAAAACAUACAGGACUGGUGUAUCUCACGGCAAUUAUGGUGGGGUCACCGAUGCCCAGCCUAUUUCGUUCAAAUUGAGGGAGAAGAUAUCGACAGAAACGAUGGAAAGAACUGGGUUGUAGGUCGGUCUGUGGAAGAAGCAACCGAGCGAGCGAAAAUACUUGCAAAUGGGAAGAAUUUCACACUUGAGCAAGAUGAAGAUGUCCUCGAUACUUGGUUCUCUUCUGGGCUGUGGCCCUUCUCAAUCCUGGGAUGGCCAGAAAAGACUGUCGACUUCUCUCAGUAUUACCCUGCUAGUAUCCUAGAAACAGGCUGGGAUAUCCUUUUCUUCUGGGUGGCGCGCAUGGUUCUCAUGGGCAUCUAUCUUACCGGUCAGAUGCCAUUUUCCGAAGUACUCUGCCACGCGAUGAUUCGCGAUGCUCAUGGACGCAAAAUGAGCAAGUCGCUCGGUAACGUCAUUGACCCGAUCGACGUCAUCCACGGCCUGCCACUUGAGCAACUCCACCAGAAAUUGUAUGAAGGUAAUCUCGACGAGAAGGAGAUUCUCAAGGCGAUCGCUGGUCAGAAGAAGGAUUUCCCGAAAGGCAUUCCGGAAUGUGGUACGGAUGGGUUAAGGUUCGCUCUCUGCGCAUACUCAGGCGGCGGCAGGGAUAUCAACCUGGAAAUCUUGCGGGUGGAGGGAUACCGCAAGUUUUGCAACAAGAUCUUCAAUGCCACGAAGUUUGCAAUGCUCAAACUCGAUGACGGUUUUUCGCCAGAGACAUCUGCAAAGCCAACCGGAAAUGAAAGUCUUGUGGAACGCUGGAUCCUACACAAGCUCAACAUAGCUGCGACACAGAUCAACGCGCAGCUUCAAGAACGCAAUUUUAUGGCUGCGACCACGUCAGCUCACAAUUUCUGGUUAUACGAGCUUUGCGACGUCUAUAUUGAGGCGAUGAAACCUUUGACCGACGCAUCGGUCCCCCUCCAGACUCGUAGGUCAGCCCAACAGACAUUGUAUACUUGCCUGGAUCACGGUCUGCGCCUACUCCAUCCAUUUAUGCCCUUUGUUACCGAGGAGCUAUGGCAGCGACUGCCAAGGCGUCCGACAGACCCUACCCCCUCCAUCAUGAUCGCGUCUUACCCCAUAAAUGACCCUGACUUUAUCAGUUCCGAAGAGGAAAAAGACUUUGAUACAGUGCUAUCUGCCGUGCGCGCAGCUAGGUCGCUUGCUGCAUCUUACAACCUCCAGUCCAAUAUCCAACUAUUUGUUCAUUCCCAGACAGGCAAGGAGAUCGAUUUGUUCCGCUUGCAGACGCAAGCUAUGAUCACCUUGAUCAAGGGAUGCAGUGCUGUGAACGUCAUCGAGGACGUGAAAGCCCUUCCCCCGGGGUGUGGGUCAGCCGUCAUAAGCUCCACCAUAACAGCACACGUGUUAGUCAAGGGACUUGUUGACCUUGAUGCUGAGAUAGCCAAGUGCGACAAGAAACUCACGCUUGCGCGCCUCAAUCUGGAAAAGAUCAUGAAGAUCAUCUCACAACCAGAUUACGCUGAGACCGUGCCGUCUGUCGUGCAAAUAACAAAUGACGAGAAGGUGACAUUGCUUUCUUUUGAUCGCCAAAUCCAGAACGUUGCUAAACUUUGAUUCUUAACCACAACAGAGAAAAACAUUCGAGACGGAA